UCAAAAGUCACGAUAACGUCAUUGACGUAGAGUCUUUUCGCUCGUUGAUACCGAGUUUUAUACGAAAACAGUCUUAUUAAUAAGUACAGUGUAACAAUACUGAGUAUUCUUCUAUUCUAACAAUCUACUCAAAAUACGAGAUCUUCAGACAUGUCUGAAGCGAAAAUAACCGACUUAAUCAAGACUGACGAAUUUACAUACUCGUUUGAAGUGACUCCUAACAUUGCGUUGGAUACAAUAGACAAUUUGGGUUCGGAACCUUUAUUCAUUUCAAUUACAUGGCAUGCAAAGUCUCUUGAACUUAAUCAUUGGGACGUUGGGCCACUGAAAUUAGCAAAUAAUUUAACAGCUAAAGGAUAUAACGUGUUAUUGCAUUUGAGUUGUGAUCUCCUGAAGAGAGAGUAUUUGAACGGGCUCCUACAGUUUCUACAAGAAAAGAAGAUUUGCAACCUAUUCGUUUUUUUGGGAGAAAACUACGAUCGCGAUUCGAACUCAUCUGAUUUUAAGAGCACCAAAGAAUUGAUUGAGUACAUAAGAAAACGCACUGGAAAUUACUUUUGCAUUGGUGUGGCCGGAUUUCCUGAUCAGUCCGAUAACAGAUUUCCAAGUCUAAAGGAAAAGAUUGAAAGCGGAGCAGAUUUCAUUUUAACCCAAGCUUUUUUCGAUAUUGAUAGUUACCAGAACUUCGUAAAGAAAUGUGAAUCGCAAGGCAUUACUAUCCCUAUUAUACCUGGUUUAUUCCUGUAUGAGAGUCAUAAAGAACUAAUCAGUUUUACUAAUUUAUGUAAAGUCAAAGUGUCAGAUAAAUUGUUAAAGUACGCGGAAAUCGAUCCAAAUUAUAUCGGCACAGACGUCGUAAAGAAGUUGGUACAAGAUAUUAUUAAAGCUGCUGUUGGUUUUAAACAUGUCCAUCUCUUUACUUUAAAUAAGUUAGAAAGAGUGUCUGGAUUUGUAAAAGAAAUACAAAAUAUGUAGCUUC